GGGUAAUGACUGGAGUCAGGUAACCACCGGACACACCGACUCUGUCCUCCUCUCGGACGGGUUCAGGCACGAAGGGAGGCGGCGAGAGCGGCUUUCCGGGACGGCUUCACUUUUUUUUCCCCUCUUAAAUCAUUGCCGCAACUUUCUCUGUGAAACAAACUUCGCAGACGUGUGGAAGUUUGAUCCAUGUCAGGACGUGUGUUCAUGUGACGAGCGUCGCGUUUCGGGAGCGCGGAGGCGUCUCAGGUGUUCACGGGAACUUUCUGCCGCUCGCUGACUUCUUGCCACAUAUUUCAUUGAGCUGGAAGGAGGAUUUCUCUCACUGGGCUCGUUUAUUUAUUUAUUUUUGGGGUCGUGUGUCCAGUAUCUCCACGCUUUCUGCCUGGUUUCGUUUUCCACUCCUCAGUUUAUCGGACUUAAAAACAUCCAGCGGCCGAGUUUUGAGCAGGUGCCAGGAUGGAUGAGGCGGACAAAUACAAACAACGACUGGAGGCCAUCGCUGAGAAGCGUCGGCUGCAGGAGGAGCAGGACAGAGCCAGGAGAGAGAUGGAGGAUGAGAGGCUCAGACUACAGCAGCUCAAGAGGAAGUCUCUGAGGGACCAGUGGUUGAUGGAGGGACCGCCCUUGUCCCCAACCUCCCCGGACACGCAGAGCCCUCGCUCCCCUCUGUGGGGCUCCCAGGCCCAGGAGAUCGAAAAGCGCAUUGACAAGUUGCAGUCACAGAGUCAGCGGCUGGCAGAGGAGGAAGAGAAGCUGAAGGAACAGAUGGAGGGUGGCCAAGCGGAAGCAGUGAAAGCAGGAGGGGCCAGAGAAGAUGCAGUCCAUGAUGCUGUUGUGCAGAACGGGGAAAACAGCGCAACAGGACUGGAAACAACUGACGAUGAAGUGAAGACAAACCAAAGGCCACUAGUGGAUGGAACUGCUGCUGUCCUAUCAAAUGGUGGAGCAGGUGUAGAGGCAGAACCCAGUGCUGAUGCCUCAGAGCUGAGUAAUCAGUCCACCACCAACGGACCAGUUGUAGCCUCUGAGGAUGUUACUACUAUGAAUUUGGGGCCGGGGUCGAGUCUGGGUGUUUCUGAGGCAGAGCCUUGUCAGCUUCCAAAUGUUGAUAUGAAUGAGGAAGAGGAAGGGACUUUGGUGAUGAGAGCAGAAUGUGUGAUCAUCACGGAUGAAGGGGAUGAUGUGCCUGAGGAUCUUACGCCCCAGGAAGAUCAACGGGAGAGCAUGCAGGCAGAGGAAACUCCACUGCCGAAUCCAGAAGCAAGCCAAGAGCGAGGGGAGGCUGUGGAGGAGGUUGUAAAAACAGGAGCAGCUCCAGAAACAUUCACACAACCAGAAAAGAGUGAGGCAACUGAACCCGAUGCAGAGGCACAGCCAGCAGCUGCAGAUGGAGAAAUGCAAGGUGACGUAAAUACAGAUGAAAACGAAGAUGGAGGGACAAAAGCUGAACGACAGGAGAAGCAAUCAGAAGAGCCUACCUCCAUGCAGGUGCAGUCCCCAUCUGACCCUCUAGAGGGCACUACAGUGGCCUCAGUGCCAGUCUACUCUCAGUCCAUUCUCAACCCCAAGCUAGAGGCUGAGGGUGCCGCUGCAUCGUCAUCACAGGCUGAAGAUGCUGCCACUUUGCCUGGCCAGUUCCAGGAGGUGCCCCUGGCCGAUCCCCAGGAGAAGCAGAGGACAGAGGCAGGGCCGGCCGAGCAGGAACCCCUUCUGUCGCAGGCCAGAGACCUCAACACCCCUACAGAGCCCGCAGCAGCUAACAGCCCCGCCAGCACAGAGACACGCAGUCCGACCAGACCUGGCCAGGGAGAGGAGACAACGGUGGUCCAACACAAAAUGUGCCUGUGCUGCUCUGUCAUGUAAAUGCCCUGUCUCUACAUUCAUUUUCUCUCUCCCUCUUCAUUCUGCCAUGUCCCUCAGCCUGUCUCAGCGCACUUCCCUUUCCUCCACUGCCCCCUGCCCUCUUUCCUUGUAUUCAUCUUGAAACUUCCCCAUCCCACUCUUGAGUUUUGAUUCUCCAGGAGGAAGUGAACUCUCUCCAGUGUGAAGACAGGGGAGAUAUGGACUGGACUCAUUGUAUAAGUGCCUUGAGGAGUUCUCUACGCAGGACUAUACUUUUCAUUUCCACACAAUGUGGACCAAUGCAGUUAAGCAUAAAAACAGACUCAAGAGUGAUGAUGUGUUUAAACUACACAUGUGUAAUUCAUUGGGUAAUUUCCAUCAUCUAAAUAUGAGAUUUAACUGGGAAAGUCCAAAGAUCUGGAGAUGUGGAGAGAGAAUAUUAUCCUAAUUUAAUAACUCUAAAGCUGAAUUAUUUUAUUGAUUUUAGUCUUAUUAGAGAUAUUUUUAACCUAAGUAUAGGACCUGAGCAUUUCUAUUCACUCUGUAAUACACAUACACUGACAAUACACAGACUAAUACUAUGAAAUGGUCUAAUUUAUAAACAACAGCAUGCACCACGUAUUUUCUGGGCAAAAGAACAAUUAUUUUGAAAUACCUAAAAGUAUGAAUUUUGUAUUUUUACCAGAUGAGCUUUAGAGAGGCUCCUGAGCUCCUGACAUAGCUCUAUGCAUUGAUGUAUAUAUAGCAUUGUAUACAAUUGGAAUUGGGAGUGUUUGAGAUGUCAGCUUUGAGAUGAUUGACAAAUGAUUUAAUGAUUAAACCGACAUUUGUGAUA